CUUGUCUCUUGUCUGUCAUUUAGAUGGUUGUCUUUGGGAUCUUUUUACGACUUUGCUUUUAUACUCAAUUAUUUCGCAAUUAUAAAGAUAAUUAAUUGUUUAAAAGCUACAUAAUAAUAUGUUAAUACUGCCAAAAUAGUGCUAAAGUGUUGUAUUCAGAACUCUUCACAAUAAGUGACAUAAUCCCUGCGAGGUAUCAAAGUGGAUGAUGUGAUUUUGUGCUUUAUUUUGUGGUCUGCAUCUAUUUUGGACUUGGGUUUCUUUAAUAAGGCACACAAAUGCUGAAACAACCAUGAGUUGGCUUCGGACGACGUCGCUGUCAUUCGCCAGGCAGCUCUCCCGGAGUCUGGACCCUCGGCAUGACUAUGAGCCGCAAGCCUGUUAUAACUCAUUCUGCAAGCAUUGGCAGCAAGCCAACGAUAUUAUAAACAAGUCCCAGCCACAACAUCUCCACGAUGACGUCCUAGGCGUGGUGAACCAUUUGGAGCAGUUGGCGACCCUGUUGGUCCUAGAAGCGCGCGCGAGGGAAAUCAACACUCUGACACAGCAGGCGACGUGUCUUGAGCAUCUGUUGACUGAGAACUUGUUGGAUAAGCUGUACGAAUGGGCUGUGUGUACUGGCAAAUAUGAAAAUGCCGUACGUUUGGAGCAACUGAAGCUGUUCGGUACCCUCGUCAGCCAUUACAGUUCACUGGUGAUAGCAGCUGAACCAUUUAUAAGGCCGCUGCUUAAACUGUUAAGUGGAUUUAGAAAUGAAUUACCUCCGCAGAACUUGGAAAGUCAAUUAGUGACUGUACUGAACCAGCUAUGCGUCGCUCUUAUGCAGAAUAUAAAGUUCAUCGACCUUUUCUUCUUGAUGACGCACACGCAAAAUGGAUCACAAGCAGAGUUCAUAAUAGUCAGAUUGUUACUGUCUUCCGUGCAUCGAGAGGGUAGCACGGGAUCCGCAGCACGGGACGCACUACUGCUGUGCGCCAACAUGUCCUCCAGGUGUCCUCAGCUGGCAGAGUACAUGCUGCAGGGGAACACGUGUCCCAUCCUGGCCACUGGUCUGAGUGGAUUGUAUUCCCUCCUACCAAGGACAUUGCACGAGAAGAUCCACAGACUUACCCCGGACGAUGUGAACCACGUGCACAAACUGACUCUGUUCAUUGAUUCGUUGGAGUUCUGCAAUGCGGUGGCUCAGGUCGCCCACCCAUCCAUCAAAAAACACCUGCUAGAUCUUCUGUAUCAAGGCUUCUUGGUGCCCGUAAUGGGUCCUGCAUUACUACAGACAAAACCGGGGCCGUUGCAGAGUGGCGCUAGUGAGCAGACGGCGGCAAUGGCGUACUUGGAGUUGGUCCUUCGGUGCGUGACUAAGAGGGGAUUGUUACGCGCCGUGUUGCAUUUCCUGUUCGUGUACGAGUAUGAUGGCGUGAGGGUCGUCGAUGUGCUGCUGAGGAGACUCGACGGGAGUUUGCAGUUAUCACUAGUCUCCUUAUCUCUAAUGGAAACGCUCAUCAAUCUCAACUGUGAAGACGUGAUGAUCGAGCUGAUCUACAAGCACAUACUCAACGGUCAGCAUAUCAUGAUGUCACACAAGCACAAGAUAUCCGACCCGGAACCCUACAGAGAAGCUGCCGUGGCAUUUCUAAGCUUAAGCCCUAGAUGCUGUCAUCGGCCGUUGGAAAAAACGAAGAUUUGGGUGGAUGACUUAGCCUUGACUGGUAGAAGGGUGUUGGAUUUCAAAAGGGAAGAUGACAUGAGAAGGAUCAAUGGAUUCAACGAAGACAUUGUUAUGAGCAAUCUAGUCCAGGAGGUUAAGUUUAAUUAUGGGAACCCAAAUGAAACACUAAUCGGCAACUACCACGCGUAUCUAUGCGAUGCAAGAUUCGAAAUUGUGUCCCGAACGAUCGCGUGCCUCGACUGGUCGUCGAAAUAUGACUCCAUUCCGUCCCCGAAGCGAGAAACGAAUAACAACAAAGAAAGAGACCAAGAAACACAAGUCAAAGAGUUGGACAGCCUAAUUUCCUGCACCAGCGGAUACGACACGUUAAAAACUAGUGAUACCUCAGAAAAGGAACCUCACAGUUUGACGUCGCUGAAUGAGAAUGAAGAGAAACAAGAGAAAGAGAUUGACUUCGAAGAAAAGAUCGAAAAAGAUGUUACCGAUAGUGUUAGUGUAAACUCAGUGAAUGAUGAAGAGAAAAAUGACGUUAGUGAAUUUGAAAGUGAUUAUGACAGUUUUAGGUUUAAGGAGUCGGAAGACGAAGGUUUUGCCGAAGAAUCGUUCAUGAAGAGUAUUAAAGAUGUUGAUGCGCAGGAGUUUGAUAAUGAAGUGCCUUUAGUGAGGAGUUGGAGGGCCAGUGCUGAAUCAGUAAUCGGCCCCCUACUCAGCUGCCUUCUGAAGAAGUCCUCGAUGCUGCUGGAAUCGGAUCUGCGCAGCAACUUCCUGGUGACUAGCGUGGUCUGCAAGCUAUCGUCGCUGCCCACCCCGCUGCUCACGUCGCUGCUGCUGUGUCCAGCCAUGGCCUUACAGCCGAACGUGCCUUCUUUGUUCCAAAUCCUCAGCAAAUUGAAAGAAGAGCUGGACGAGUUGACGAACGCGUUGGAGAACAUCGACGACUUGGUCGACAAGGCGAGAGUUUUCCUCAUCCAACGAGAGAUGGCGCUAGUAAAGUCUAGGGUUCCUGCUAGUGAGGAGAACCACCCAGAGACACCGCCCAAGCCCGAAGAGUCUCCAUUUCGUCGAAUGGAGUCAAAACGCCGUAGUAUAUCCACUAGCUUGUCCAACAUGUUCGGCAGACGGUCCUCUAAUUCAUCACAACACAGCCCGCACAGUAUAACGACCUACCACGCUAGUCCACAAAAACGGCUAAUAUUCACACAAGAAGAGUAUUGGAACCAAUCCAUCACUCUUCGUUCAGUACUAAACGCGGUGAUCCUAGACGAAUGGGUCAAAGAACUAGCCGCUUUGUGUGAAGAACACGCAAUAAGACUUUCAACGAACGAAGACCAUUCCUAUAUACGGUCUGUGGCAUUAUGACUGCGUGCCAACGCCGCAGGCGGAUUUAAAAAAGUAACAGUGGCACAAGGGCCGAUUGAUACUUUCGUGUGAUAUUUAAAUUCGGAACGUAUUUACUGGCUGGUAAGAAAAAUCAAAAAAUGAAUAAUAAUAUUGUUCGCAGAA